UGUUCCGGCCUCUUUACAACUCGGGUGGCAAAGAUGGCGGAUGCACAAACCGAGAGGGCUUAUCAGAAACAGCCCACCAUCUUCCAGAACAAAAAGCGUGUUCUGGUCGCAGAUGGGGGCAAGGAGAGCAAAGAAAAGAUUCCCCGUUACCACAAAAGUGUCGGGCUAGGCUUCAAAACCCCAAGAGAGGCUAUUGAAGGCACUUACAUUGACAAGAAAUGCCCCUUCACUGGAAAUGUCUCCAUCCGUGGCCGGAUCCUCUCUGGCGUGGUGACCAAAAUGAAGAUGCAGAGGACCAUCGUCAUCAGACGCGACUACCUGCAUUAUAUCCGCAAGUACAACCGCUUUGAGAAGAGGCACAAGAACCUGUCUGUGCAUCUGUCACCAUGCUUCAGGGAUGUCACCGUUGGAGACAUCGUGACUGUCGGAGAAUGCCGACCGCUCAGCAAGACUGUGAGGUUCAACGUCCUCAAAGUCACAAAGGCUGCUGGAGCCAAGAAGCAGUUCCAGAAGUUUUAGGUGCACCAAGGAGACAGUUGGCUUUCCAAUAAAUGAAAGACUUGUUUAAAUGA